AAUUAAUUAAACACAAAUGGCUUCCCUCCAUUGUCAACUGCCUAGUGCUACGAGUCUCGACCCUAGGUUGAUCAGAUCUUUAGAAAAGGGACUGGACGAGUGGAGGAAAAUAAUACAGGACCCUAAAUCUCAAGAAAAGAAAAGUUGGACUCAGUUCGCUGGAGGCUCAUGUGGUUGUUCAUACAACUUGUUGAACAAUAAUGGGUAUCAGGAUUAUUAUUCAUACUAUACUGAAUAUGAUGAAGAUUGCUUUCCAAGAGUGAAUGGUGCAAGGAAUAAUGUGUUUGUCAGUAUGGCAAAAACACAAGAAGGGUCAUUGGAACUUCAAAAUCUGGUUAAGUAUGGAACUCCAAUGGAUAGGCAAGAAGUUCUUGAUGGGAUCCUUAGAGGGAUUUUUGAGGUGAUAAUUGACCCAUAUGGCCAUAUUCUCAUCCAUAGACUACUUGAUUUUUGUGAUUCCAAGC